AUGGGUGCCCUCAAAACAGCCGAGUGGCGCAAGCUGCCGUUGAGUCUGACCGAGCUCUGCAUCGACACCACAUUGCGAUGUGGACAGUCCUUCAGAUGGCGCAAGCUCAACGAUGAGUGGCACUGCACUCACCACGGCAGAAUCGUGUCUUUGAAGCAGGACGCAGACCAUCUGCACUACCGCGCAAUAUGGCCAAAGUCUGCUGCUGUGCCUUUGACACCUCCUUCGUCCACAGGGACCAACACGCCAGAAGAGCCACCGGCAGAUGACACGGAAGCCCUGCUGAAGAACUACUUCAACCUGCACCAUGACCUCGCCGAGCUGUACAAGCAGUGGGCAGACGCUGACCCAAACUUCCGGAAACGGGCACCCAAAUUUACAGGCGUCCGCAUGUUGAACCAGGAUGCCUGGGAGGCCCUCGUCGGCUUUAUAUGCAGCAGCAACAACAACAUCUCAAGGAUAUCACAGAUGGUCCACAAGCUAUGCCUCCACUACGGACCUUACAUCGGGGCCAUAGGCGACGAGGUCUUCCACGAUUUCCCCACCCCAGCCGCGCUCACAGCACCCGGUGUCGAGGCCCACCUCCGCGAGCUGGGCUUCGGCUAUAGGGCACGGUACAUAGCCCAGACAGCCCAGAACAUCUCACAGGACAGGCCAGAAGGCUGGCUACUAAGCCUGCGGAACCCAGCCACCGUCGCCUGGGGCGCAGCAGCACAGGGGAAGGACACGGCGGACGAGGCACCGACGUACAAACGCGCCCACGAGCAGCUUCUCGAGCUCACCGGCGUCGGCCCCAAGGUCGCCGACUGCGUCUGCCUCAUGGGCCUGGGCUGGGGCGAGGCCGUCCCCGUGGACACGCACGUCUGGCAGAUCGCGAUGCGCGACUACAAGUUCGGCGGCAAGAGCAAGAACAAGACCCUCACGAAGGCCCUGUACGACGCCGUCGGCGACCACUUCAGGGAGCUGUGGGGAAGCCAGGCCGGCUGGGCGCACUCGGUGUUAUUCACGGCCGACCUGAGGACGUUUUCGGACAGGCUGGUUGAGAAGGCCCCAGGGGAGGAUGGGGCCGCUGAGGUGGCAGUUAAGGUAGAGACCAAGGACGAUGUCGCGUUUGUGACGCCCAUCACUACGCCGUCGAGGAAGCGAAAGAAUGUGGUGGUGGCUGAGACAGUCAAGGUGGAAGCGGAUGAGAAGGCCACGUCAGAAACAGCCCGGAUAAGGAGGGGCAAAAGGAGGAGAGCGUAA